CUCUCUUUUUCCUCAUCUCCUCCUCCUUCUCCUCUUCUUCUUUUUAUCCUCUUUUCCCUUUUUCUCUCUCCACCACCUUAUUCUUAACAAAACCAAAUUAUUCCAUUCAUUAUCUUUAAACCUUCUUCUCACUUUGCCACUUAUUUUGCACUUCCCACAGUAUUAAUCACCACAAGCUUUUCAUAAUCUACUUACCUUUACAAUCUACAACAAACAAAGAGAGAGAGAGAGAGUUUCAUAUCACUCACCCAAUUCACUUUCAUAUAAAAAGCCAAAAUUUCCCUCACUGACAAGAAAGGCACAAAACUCACACAAUAUCUAUCUUGCAGACGUUGCUAUAAGUGUACCAAACAAAGUAUAAACCACCAUAUAGAGAUACAUAUCUGCAUAUCCAAGCUCCUGACCCAGCAGCAUAUACACAACCCUUUUCUUUCUAGUUUCUAUUACUAUAUACCACAUCUUUCAAACCAAAUCAACCCUCUUCAUCAAAAACUCCAUUAACUCGUAUCUAAGCCUAGCCCUUGUACUAUAUAUAUAUACACACACACACCCUUGUGAGUGUGAGUUGUUUUUACUAUAGUUGAGAAGAUCAUGAGGGGGGGUAUUUGUAGUAUACAGCUUCAGGCUCUUACACCUGAGGCUGCAACUGUUGUUAAGCAAGCUGUUAAUCUUGCCACAAGAAGAGGUCAUGCACAGGUGACUCCUCUUCAUGUUGCCAGUGCCAUGCUUGCAACUUCCACAGGUCUUCUCCGCAAGGCUUGUCUUCAGUGUCACUCUCAUCCUCUUCAGUGCAAGGCUCUUGAGCUUUGUUUCAAUGUUGCACUUAACCGUUUGCCAGCUUCCACUUCAAGCCCUCUUUUGGCUCCUCAAUAUUCCACCCCUUCACUUUCCAAUGCCUUGGUUGCAGCCUUCAAACGUGCGCAGGCUCACCAGCGUCGUGGAUCUAUUGAGAACCAGCAGCAGCAUAUUUUGGCCUUGAAGAUUGAGGUGGAACAGCUCAUGAUUUCCAUUCUUGACGACCCGAGUGUUAGUAGGGUCAUGAGAGAAGCUGGUUUCUCCAGCACCCUUGUGAAAAGCAGGGUUGAACAAGCUGUUUCAAUGGAAGUUUGUUCACAAAAGGCUCCUGAUAGGAGCCAGGCCACAGAAAGCACUAAGCCUCAAGCUAUUCUUGGUGGUGGUAAUGUGUCUCCAUCUAGACCUUUUGGUCAAGUUGGGGGACAAUUCAUGAAGCCUCUAGACCAUGUUAACAAUGACGAUGUAACUAGUGCGUUGAGUGAGUUGGUGAGGAAAAGAAGAAACACAGUUAUUGUGGGGGAGAGUGUGAGCAAUGCUGAGGGAGUAGCUAGGGGAGUAAUGGAGAGGUUUGAGGUAGGAAAUGUUCCUGGAGACUUGAGGUAUGUGCAAUUUGUGAGCCUUCCUCUUAUGUGCUUCAGAAACAUUAGCAAGGAGGAAGUUGAACAGAAGGUUAUGGAGGUUAGAAACCUGGUGAAGAGCUAUGUGGGAAGAGGGGUUAUUCUUUAUUUGGGUGAUCUAAAGUGGUUGUUUGAGUUCUGGACAAAUUAUUGUGAGCAGAAAACAAACUACUACUGUUCUGUGGAGCACAUGGUGAUGGAGAUUAAAAAAUUGGUAAGUGGUGGGGAGUCUAGUAGACUGUGGCUCAUGGGGAUUGCAACUUUUAAGACAUACAUGAAGUGUAAAAUAUGUCACCCAUCCCUAGAAACUAUUUGGGAGCUUCAUCCCUUGACAAUUCCUGUUGGAAGCCUGAGCCUAAGUUUGAAUUUCGACAGUGGUUUUCAAGUUAAAGAAAGAAGCAAGACAUUUUUUAAGGAUGCUCCUUUUGAAGAUGUAGCAGAAAGAGUACAAAACAAUCUAACUUGUUGUAGGGAUUGCUCAAUAAAUUUUGAAAAAGAAGCUCAAAGCAUAGUUAACAGUGUAAGCAAGAAAGUUUGCACUACCAGUAACUUGCCAACUUGGCUUCAAAACUGCAAGGAAGAGAAAAGUGACACAUUGGAAGUUCAGGAACAUGCAAAGCUUAAAGAUCUGUGCAAGAAAUGGAAUUCGUUGUGCAACUCAAUACACAGACACCCUUCCGUUUUUGAGAAACCAUUUUUGUUUGUUUCGUCAUCUCCUUCAUCUCCCAGUUCUGUUUCUUCACUUGAAAGAAAGUCUAGCUUCCAUCACAGCCACCUAAAUUGGCCUAUGAUUUCUGAAUCAGAAAAGUCUCCAAAAGAAUGUGAGUUAUACAGUGAAACCGGCGAUGAUGGUUAUGACAGCAGUUUCAUAAUGUUCAUGCCAGAUAGAGAUGUUCCUAAACCAGAUCUUCUGUCAAAUCCUAACUCAAGCCCGAACUCAGCUUCUUCAAGUGAAGCAGUGGAUGGUUUGGAAAGCACUGAAAUGUUCAAGGAACCUAAUGAUGAGAAUCAUAAGAUUCUUUGUGAUGCCUUGGAGAAAAAGGCUCCACAGCAUAAAGAAGUUAUUCCAGAGAUUGCAAGUACGGUCCUUCACUGUAGAUCAGGAAUGAGAAAAAGAGAGAAGGUCUUGAUGAAGAUAGAAGACAAUCAAGAAACAUGGAUGUUGUUUCUUGGUGUGAAUUCUGAAGCGAAAGAGAGCAUCUCAAGGGAGUUAGCUAAAGUUGUUUUUGGGUCUUACAGUAACUUUGUCACAAUUGGCAUGAGCAAUUUCUCUUCCCCAGAGGAUGAUUCCACUGACGAAAAGUCCAAAAGGAAGAGGCCAAGAGAAGAGUUGAAAAGCACUUACGUUCAAAGAUUCGGGGAAGCAGUGAAUGAGAACCCUCAUAGGGUCUUCUUCUUGGAAGACUUGGAUCAAGUUGAUUACUUUUCUCAAAAGGGUGUAAAGCAAGCAAUUCAAAGUGGAAGGAUAACACUUCCUGGCGGUGAAUCUGUUCCUCUCAAGGAUGCCAUUGUCGUUUUCAGUUGUGAAAGCUUCUCUUCGCCAAAGUCAAGAUCUCCAGUCAGAAAAUCACCAUCUCAAAACAAAACCAAAGAGAACACCAAUAACGACAGUUCUACCCUCUCUUUGGAUCUCAACAUUGCCAUUGAAGAUCAUAGUGGAAAUGUGGCAUUGGCUGGAGACACUGCUAUCCUAGACUUAGUUGACAAGCAAAUUUAUUUCGACAUACAAGAAUUGUGAUAGGGAGGAAAAAAAUGAUGUUAUGCUAAAUUUGGUUUUUUUAUUUUAUUUUAAUUGUAUUGUUUUUGAGUUACA